CCAGACCGUGGUCGUCGUCCACACCGCCUCAUUUACCCAAGCAGACGAAACAUCGAUCAAUCGAGGAAGAUGGUGGACGCAGGAAGAAGAAGCAAUGGCGCCGCCUUGAUGGUGGCGCUGUGCGCGGCGCUGCUGGGAACAGCCUGCGCAACGAAGCCGGCAGCGAAGCCUGCCGCUGCGGCGGCGGUUGAUGUGGGCGGUCCGCCAUCGGUUCCGGCGGGUCCCCUGGACAUCACGAAGCUGGGGGCGAAGGGCGACGGCAAGACCGACAGCACGCAGGCGAUCAUGCAGGCGUGGAAGAACGCGUGCGGCGCCACUGGGACGCAGAAGAUCGUCAUCCCGGAGGGCAACUUUCUGAUUGGCGCUCUGGAGCUGUCGGGGCCCUGCACGUCCAGCAUCAUCAUCCGCCUCGACGGCAACCUCCUCGGCACCGGCGACCUCAACGCCUACAAGAAGAACUGGAUCGAGUUCAUGCGCGUCGACAACUUCGCCGUCAACGGCCACGGCACCAUCGACGGCCAGGGCCCCCUCGUCUGGGGGAAGAACGAGUGCAACAAGAACUACAACUGCAAGAUCCUCCCCAACAGCCUGGUGCUGGACUACGUGACGAACGCGUCAAUCCGUGGCGUGACGCUGAAGAACGCCAAGUUCUUCCACCUCAACCUCUUCAACUGCAAGAACGUGCUGGUGGAGAAGGUGAACAUCACGGCGCCCGGCGACAGCCCCAACACGGACGGCAUCCACAUGGGCGAUUCCGAGAACGUGACCAUCAAGUCCACCAACAUCGCCGUCGGCGACGACUGCAUCUCCAUCGGCCCCGGCACCAAGCACGUCAAGAUCCACGGCUCCCGCUGCGGCCCCGGCCACGGCAUCAGCGUCGGCAGCCUCGGCCGCUACAAGGACGAGAAGGACGUCGAGGACAUCGAGGUCACCAACUGCACCAUCAAGGGCGCCACCAACGGCCUCCGCAUCAAGUCCUACGAGGACUCCAAGUCGCAGCUCAAGGCAACCAAGUUCGUCUACGACCAGGUCGUCAUGGACAACGUCUCAUACCCCAUCAUCAUCGACCAGAAGUACUGCCCAAACAACAUCUGCUCCAAGACCGGCUUAUCCAAGGUCACCGUCAACGACAUCGUCUUCAAGAACAUCGUCGGCACCUCCGCCACGCCAGAGGCCGUCACCCUCAACUGCGCUAACAACCUCCCAUGCCAAGGCGUGCAGCUCGUCAACGUCAACCUCAAGUACACUGGCACACACAACAAGACCAUGGCCGUCUGCCACAACGCCGUCGGCAAGUCCAGCAACGUCAUCAAGGAGCUCGCAUGCCUCUAGAUUCCCCCUUUUCCAUCUUUCCCCGUCCCUUCAUUUUGUUUCUCCAUUUUUAAUUGAUUUGUUUGUUUUAGUCAAUUGAUGUUCUCCUUCUUUAUAAUUUCUUUGUCCUACUUAGUUAACUGAUGUAAACACCUGACAAUUAACUUAUCAAUUUGUUUGUUAUACGCAA